AGCUUCGAAAUUCCGGUAACUUCCGCUUUGGAUGUCCCAAUCCCACGUACCGAGCUCUCGAAGCUCAUCAACGGAUUCCAGCCUCGCGCAAUGGAAGACAAAUGGUUCGUCUAUGCGAAUGAGCCUGAUGCGCAAGGAAAUACUGUUGUGCAUAUGUUUCGAAGCUGGACGGGACACAAGAUGGCGGAGUUGAAGAUUCAUGUCCCGCUUGAUGACGAUGGAAAGUUUGCGGAGGAAGAUUCGAAGAUCACAGAGAUCACGUGGGAAUCGGAUCCAGAGCGGCAUAGAAAUCAGACGGAAGAGGGGGCAAAAGCUAUGGCGAGGGAAGUGUGCAACUGGGUUUUGGAUGUGAAGUUAGGAUAG